AAUAAAUAUAUUCAGCAGUAACUACAGUAAGUCAAUCCUACAGCAGAAAUGCAGCAGCAUGCAUGAUAUGAUCUUGCAAUGCAUAUGUAUUACUCCUGAAUUCAAGAGAUACUUAUACAUUGAUAACUUUUUAUAACGGUAGUAAGCUUAUCACUUCAACUAGUAAAUGGUAAUAUGAUUACACAUCAAGGAGAGAUUCCGAAAGUUUUGCGCCUUUGUCGCCUGCACGCCUUCAGUCUUUUGAACCCCUGCUUCGCUGCGUGUCAAACCCCACGGAGCUUCGUCUCCCCGCAGACCCACUUUGUUGUGGGAGAGGGGAGCUCGUUCAAAGCUGUAACAGUAUCUUUUGACGGCAUUCUAAUACAUCACUGUUGUGAGCAAUGGCAUGAAACUCGCUAUCUGAUUACUGUUGCCAUACGUUGACCUAAUUCACCGCGCUUACCUACUCAAUUAUCAUUGAAACUUCCAUGGAAAACAUUGAUAAUAAGCGUUUGCACUGUUUAAGUCUGCCACUCGUCUGCGUCGCAUCCACCAUUGCUCAACCCAACGCACGCUCGCUGGUUAAAGCACUGAUGCUCGGCGCUCGCACAAAGACGCCCAUCAGUUCAGUUAAUUCAACGGCCACUACAUUAUGCUACGACCGAUACCAUGGUUACUCCUCUUGGGUUCAAUUCCAAUGCUUUAUCAAGCCAUACAGCACUAGCUUUACAAUCGUCUGGCAUCCUAGUCUUGGCUUGGUUCCUGAUAUGGAGAGUGAUGAAAGCAAGGACUGCAAGAGGAAAAGAGCAGCAGUUUUUGUUACUGAGCAACGAGAAGAUACUGUGCCAGUUGUACCCGGCGCACUUCCACUAUUGGGGCAUUCUUUGCAAAUGGCGUCAAACUCUUUGCAUUUCAUACGGCAAUGCAAAGCCAAAUAUGGGCUCCUGUUUCGCGUUCGCCAGCCUGUGAAUCAAGAGAUCUAUGUGGUUACCGGUAAACUGAUUAUUGAGCUUCUCCGGAUGCCGGAGAAUGUCGUCAGCCUUCAUCAAGAGGUGGAAUAUGUGUUUCCGAUGCAACGUAUCAUCGUGUCCCAUUAUAAUAAUGGCAAAACAGACGAGCUUAGCCACCACCGGAUUCCCUUCAACACGAUUGCACAAAAGAACUACUGCGAAAAAGGCGUUACGAAGUUCAGUCUUCGGGUGAAAGAGGAGAUCAAGCAAUGUUUGGAUGAGGAACUACAGUUGCAAGAACGUGGAGCUAGAAAAGAGGUCGACAUUAAAAGCUUCCUCAGCAAGAUGCAAGCCCGUACUUUCUGUGCAGCCUUUGUGGGUAGUCAAUCCAUCGAUAACAAGAAACUCGGCCCGAUUCUCUCGAAUAUACACAAUACGAUUGUGCGAGCGGCAGCAGUUGCAUUGGCAAUGAUAGUUCCUCAGAUCGACAAGACACGUUUUUCGUCCGGCAUGGAUUGUGCGCUCCGGUUUAUCAAGCUUUUUACUGGCGGGUCCUUGGCUCGCAAACAAUUUAACGGCUUUGCAUUACAUGAGCUUGCAUGCAGGCCUCGGCUUGUCGAAGAACUACGCCAAGAAAUACUCAAGUUGGGCGAGGAUAACAUUACUCCGGAUACCAUUGGCUCAAUUAGUCUGUUGGACUCAUUUGCAAGAGAAACGCUCCGGUACCACAGUAAUCCGUUGAUGAAUUUCCAUCGAGUGGUGCAAGACGUUCUGUUUUCGAACGGCAAGGUCGUUCCCAAAGGAAGUUUGAUCGCGGUAGCUCAAGAAGAAGGCCACAAGGAUCCUUCUAUUGCUCCGGAAACACUCAAUGAGAAUAACGAGCAAUGGACGAGCCAAACGAUCACCCAGAAGGGCUAUUUUUCCUUUGGCUGGGCUAUGCAUCCUUGCCGGGGUCGCCAGUUUGUCAUCAUGGAAUUCAAGCUUUUUAUUGCAGAGCUUGUGAUGCGUUACAACAUCUCGACACAAUCAGGUUAUGACCGGGGCAAAGAUCGCAGUGUGUUGGGCUCACUUAAACUUUUCCCUAAAGAGCCUCUUAUUUUCGAGCGUAUUUAAUCUUGGCUUGUUGUCACGACCACUCCUAUUGUUCUAGCUGGCAUGUAGUCCACAAUAAAUCGUUUUCCAUUAUGCGUAUACUGCCAAG